AUGUUGGAUUUUCAGUUCUGGAGUGACCGGUCUUGGCAAAGCUUCAAUCAAUCUGAGCAGCAUGCAUUGAACACCAACUUCAGCCAAACGCCUCGCCCUGACUCAGUGAACUUGGGGCUUCGAGAGGUCAAGAAUUUCAGCCAGGUGCAUCAGGGCCAUGCCGAGCAAAAGAAUAAAAGCACAGGGAAGUUGCGAUGGGUGAGGAUCAAACCUCCAUACCAGAUUGAUGGUGGAGUUCAGCCCCACCUUCCUCCGCUCUUCCAUUUCUGCUACGAAGUCCAAGCUUGGCACUCGAAUCUGCGGCAGGAGCACCAAGCUGAGCUUGUGAGCUAUGCGAAAAGUGCACCACCACCUGGGCAGGUGGUUUUUUAUAUCCGCGGCCAAGAGUAUGUUCUUCUUGGAAUGGACGCUCUUGUGAAGGUGAAUGUGUUCACGAAUCGCACUCGAAUUGUCAGGAUCCAAUCGGGUCCAGCGCCAGUUGUGCCCGCACCGGCUUUUUCCAUGGGACCAGCACGGCAUUCGGUCAGAUCGGUCUCCGGGGCCUUGGGAGGAGGGUCUCAUUCCUCCAGUGGCUAUGGCUACAAUCCCAGGUCAUCAGCUUCAGCUUCAGCGCCGUCGUCCUUCUCUCUGUCUUCGGCAGUCUUUCUGGUCGAGACAGCUAAUGGAAGGAAGCACCUUUCUUCACACUGGGCCGAUGAAAUUCGAAGGCACUGGAGAAUGUCGCCGCGACCAGAUCAGGUCCCGCUUUCAGAUGGCAGCUUGGUGGAGAAUUUCCAGGCCUUGGAGUGCGGAUCUGCUGUCCUUCGAUCAAGAGAUGGUGCGCAGAAGCUGGAAGUGAGACUUGAGUCCCAAAUUGGCCCCAGAAGCUUGAAUUUACCAAACGACUUGGAGAGUGAGGACCAAAAAGUGGACCUUUCCUCUGUGGGAAAGUAUUUGUCUGCGCAGGAGCAGCGGCGAUUGCCGGACAGCGACAAGGAAUGCAGCAUUUGCUCGGAGGAUUUGGUGGCAGCUGAGAAGGCACCAGUUCCUUCCUGGGCAGCAGCCAGAUUUCCAUCCAGAGCUCAGGCAGCAAGCGUGGAUGACGACGGCGAUGUUGUCAUGGAGGAAGUCCAUUCCACUUCAGCCGGCUCUACUUCCGUCGCUUCGGGACCAGUUUAUCAACUCCGGUGCGGCCACGUCUACCACACGGAGUGCUUGAAGAAGUGGUUUGAGCAGCGUGCCUCCUGCCCUCUUUGCCUCAAAGAGUUUGGCAAAGUGGUUGGGACGCAGCCACGGACGGGCUCAUUCCAGUGGCACGUGGAUCGCACCGUGCAGUUGCCGGGGCACAUGGGGGCGCGUGGCGCCAUCAUGAUACUGUUCGAAUUUCCUCCUGGGACAGACGAUGCUGGGCGUCCCUAUCCAGGUCGAAGGGAGAAGGGUUUCCUUCCCAAUAAUUGUCAAGGCAUUAUCCAACUGGAACUCUUCAAGGUCGCCUUCCGCCGGCGAGUGAUGUUUGCCUUGAGCACCUCCCUGACAACAGGAAGAUUCAAACCUACGUUCAAUAUUCACAUCAAGACAAAGCCGAGAGGCGGUGCUGCGCAGCACGGAUAUCCAGACAACGAUUAUUUUCAAAGGUCCCUGGACGAGCUGAAGAACGUCGGGAUUUCGGUUGCUGACCUACCUGCAGGUAUGGAUUGCAGCACAUGA